ACUGCACCCAGUUUUCCUUCACCGACUUAGGUCUCUCCCCCGACCCCCCGCAGGAGGUUGGGCAGGGGCACCACGCUCUGCGCUCAGCCAGUUCAUGUGCUCUGCAGGGGAAAACCGACGGGUGAAGCUUCCCUCUGUCAAUGACCUUCCUUAGAUAAGUAACCCCGACAGGGGGACUUUGUCCCCACCCCGAAUUCUCAGGAAAUACGUUUCUCUGCCCUGUUCUGCAUUGCACAACCUGCUGCUCUUCCCGCCCCCGCAGGGCACCGGCACCUUCUGCGAGCAACGGGCGCUGCUGCAGCAGAGCCGCCGGGAGCGGGGAAGGAGCAUCCCGCCGUGCGGAGCCAGGUGCGGGCUGCGUGGAGCCAGGUGCGGGCUGCGUGGAGCCAGGUGCGGGCUGCGUGGAGCCAGGUGCGGGCUGCGUGGAGCCAGGUGCGGGCUGCGUGGAGCCAGGUGCGGGCUGCGUGGAGCCAGCGUGAGCGGCCAUGGAGAGGAUGCAGCGGGUCGUCGGGCAGGCGAGAGCCGCCUUCAGGUCCGGCCGGUGCCGCUCGCUGGAGUUCAGGUUGCAGCAGCUGAAGGGCCUGGAGCGGAUGGUGCGGGAGAGGGAGCAGGAGAUCCUGGCAGCCAUCCAUGCGGAUCUGCACAAGAGCGGGCCCAACGCAUUCAGCCAUGAGAUCCUGGGCUUGCUGGGGGAGCUGGCCCUGGCCAUGGACAAGCUGAAGUCCUGGGCAGCCCCCCAGCCCGUGAAGAAGAACCUGCUGACGCUGCGGGACGAGGCGUACAUCUGCCCCGAGCCGCUGGGGGUGGUGCUGAUCAUCGGCGCCUGGAACUACCCCUUUGUCCUGGUCAUGCAGCCUUUGGUGGGGGCCAUUGCAGCAGGUAACGCCGUGGUGGUGAAGCCGUCAGAGAUCAGCGAGAACACGGCUCGGCUGGUGGCCGAUCUCCUCCCCCAGUACCUUGACCCGGAGCUGUACCCCGUGGUCACUGGAGGAGUACCUGAGACCACAGAGCUGCUCAAGGAGCGGUUCGAUCACAUCCUCUACACCGGCAACUCCACCGUGGGCAAAAUCGUGAUGGCAGCGGCCGCCAAGCACCUGACGCCCGUCACCCUGGAGCUGGGCGGGAAGAGCCCCUGCUACAUCGACAAGGACUGUGACCUGACUGUCGCCUGCAGGCGGAUAACGUGGGGGAAAUACAUGAACUGUGGGCAAACGUGCAUCGCCCCGGACUACAUCCUCUGCGACCCGUCCAUCCAGAGCAAGGUGGUGGAGAACAUCAAGGCGACUCUGCAGGAAUUCUAUGGGGAAGAUGUGAAGUCGUCUCCGGAUUACGAAAGGAUCGUCAACAAGCGUCACUUCCAGAGGAUCGUGGGCCUGCUGAAGGGGCAGAAGAUCGCUCACGGGGGAGAGGCUGAUGAGGCCACCUGCUUCAUAGCACCGACCAUCCUCACUGACGUUUCUCCAGAGUCAAAGGUGAUGGAAGAGGAAAUCUUUGGACCGGUCCUUCCCAUUCUGACCGUGAAGAGCGUGGACGAAGCCAUUGAGUUCAUCAACUGUCGGGAGAAGCCCCUUGCCCUGUACGUCUUCUCCAACAACAAGAAGUUAAUCAGAAGAGUCAUCUCAGAAACCUCCAGUGGGGGUGUUACUGGCAACGACGUCAUCAUGCAUUUCUUCCUCUCAACAUUACCCUUUGGUGGUGUCGGGAACAGUGGGAUGGGCGCCUACCACGGCAAGCACAGCUUUGACACCUUCUCCCACCGCCGCGCCUGCCUGAUCAAGGACCUGAAGAUGGAGAGUACGAACAAACUGCGGUACCCACCUGGCAGCCAGAAGAAGGUGGAUUGGGCCAAGUUCUUCCUCCUGAAGCGGUUUAACAAGAGCCGAGCGGGAGUGGUGAUCUUUGCCGUGCUCAUCUCGGUCCUGCUGGGGAUCGCGACAGCGGUGGUGGCGAAGAACCACCAGGCUGUGCUGAAGAGCAAAGCCCUCUUGCUGGUGCUGGCGGUUCAGAGCCUGGGCGGGCGCAGGCUGUGGUAAGGAGGAGCAGGUUUCAGAGCUCCGCUGUGGCUGUCACGCUGAGAUGGUUUACUUCUGAAGAGAGGAAAAGGCACCAUGUGCAAGUCAUACCCUGAGCGCUCGCAUUGGGUCUGUUUCCUUAAGCUGAGAAGUCACUUUUUCUUUUGUGCUGGAUUAUUUCAGUGGGCUGUCGAGCACAAGGAGUAGCCUGAGAGAGACACUAACCAAGCGAAGGCUCGGACUCAUAUACUAAAACACUGCGCUGAAACAGAGGGACCAGUGGGCACCAGCUCUCCUAAGGAGGACGCAGAGCAAGAAAUAGCAUCCCUACCUCCACCCUGUGCCGCGGCUCCCAGAGACACACACGCUGUGUCUGGCACCAAACCGCUCCCUGCCCUUCAGCAACAAACAGGAGCUCGAGUCUCGGCCUUGACCGUUGACGGUGUUUUCCCCGCAGUUUUCGGGAUGGUCGGUUGUGCUGCGAACAGCCACACUCUGGGUGAUGAGCCUGAGACAGACUGUGCUGGUUUUUACCAGUUGUGUUAGUUGUGAAUCAAACUCACGAGGUUCCCACUUGCUGUUUAAUUGAGGUGAAAUAUUCGUGGAUCCCUACGAGCCAGGAUCAUCCGUGGCUGGUCAGGAGAUGCAGCUCAUGCCCUUUUUGGGGCUCCGGGUUUCAUCGUGUGCGUGUAACAGUUAGAAAAUGACAAAGAUGGUACCUGCGCUGCCUGUAUUUUGCUGAUAAAGGUGUUUUAUGCUCAUCCAAAAGAAUUUCCAGACCUGUUUAUAGAAGCGGGAAUUGCGAAGUGCCUUGUUGUGGGUUCGUCCACGUGGACGCCCAAGCCCUGCACAGCCACGCACUUGCUCCCCUAGUGGGACAAGGGAGAAGAUCGGAACAGUAAAAGUGAGAAAACUUGUAGGUUGAGAUAAAGUUUCAUAGGUAAAGUGAAACCUGGGCGCAUGAGCGAGCAAAUUAAGGGAUUUAUUCACUACUUCCCCUCGUUGGGCGGAUGUUCAGCCAUCCCCGGGAAUGCCGGGCUCCAUCACGUGUGACAGCACCACCCUGCGAUGAAGAAACUUAGCGACUAUGAUGAAAAUUAACUCCAUCCCAGCCAAAACCAGUACAAACCUGUUCUGGUCCUCCAAGGGAAAACGAUUGGUGAAAGAGUGUGUACUCCUGUGUGUUUUUGCUGCUGGGUCUGCUGUAAUCUUGCAUUGGGAGAUAAUAUGGGGCUUGGGGCAAGGAUGCUGGAGAAAUUUAAGGGGAAAGGAACUUAGAAAUAUUAAUGCUUAAAUAAGAUAAAAUUAAAAAUUAUUAAAUGCAAUUACACACUAUGGAGUAGAAAAUUAUAUUUACUGUGCAAUAGGUGGGAUUUCACAAUGUCUGGUGAAAAUCCAUGCACUAAGCCUUUUUAAUAAUGAUGCGUUUUGCAAGUACUAAAUAAACAGAAUUUAAAUAACA